CAUGUGACCAAUAACACAAGUUGACCACCGUUUCGCUGCGUUAUCUACAGUUGUUAUCCAGCGAGUGCAUUACAAUGACAUAUACUGGUGUAGUCCUAAUACUGCUGGCACUUUGCGGCAUCGCAUGUGGUGAUACCGGUAGUCCUCCAUCAAAACACCCUACUUCUACAGGUACUACUAAUGGAACUACACAUAGUACUGGACCUUCCACUAAUGGUACCUCCAAACCCCAAACCACCCCAACUUUAAAAACACCUAAUGUAACUGUUGCACCAAACACCACAGCCACACCAGGAAAUUCCACAGCUGCACCAGGAAAUUCCACAGCCGCACCAGGAAAUUCCACAGCUGCACCAGGAAAUUCCACCGCUGCACCAAGAAAUUCCACAACAAGACCAACCACAAUAACAAACGUUCCUUCAAGCAAACCUGGAAAUCACAGUUCAAAUCCAAAUGUUACUCCAACACCAAAAGGACAUGGUGGCAAGAAAUCAGACCGAGGCAAGUGGGUGGCUACAGGAUUUGCCAUUGUGUUCUUCCUUACAACUGUCAUAAUGACAGUGCUGUAUUGUCGACAGCGCAGAAUUUACCGAGAACUUGAGGGUGACAGCUCCUUGUCAAGGUUGAUUUGAUUUUGACAGACAGAACUUGAAUGGCCAAGUGUGACUUGAGGAGACCAUUUUACAAUAUCUGUGAAAUUUGCAUAAAUAUGCUGUUAGCAGUUCACUAGGUGUAAUGUUUUAACUAGAUAGAUGUCUUAGAGCCCUAAUUUGUUUUCUGAAGCAACUCAGUAGGCAGGAAUCUUAAAUCCUUGAAUUUUAUUGGCUGGUCAUGAUCUCAUCGCUAGUCCACCUUUUUUCAUUAUGCACCAGUCUCAAUUUUCUUAGUAUUUCCUUCAAGAGACCACCCUUUCAUGACAUGCUCAUUUUGCACAAUUUUAAAUGCAACUUGAUAUUGCAUGAAGGUUGGUUUGUUUGUGAUGUAGCUGAACCAAGUUCACAAAUAUCAUCAUGUCAUAUUUCCUUUUGUAUUUGUUUUUUGUUUUUUUCUUGCAUUUCAUAUGUAGGACAAUUGUUCUAUCUCUUUUGAAAGUGGGGAAUUUUAACGUUUUAUUCAACUGAGUUGACACUAAACUUUGUAAUACAGUCCCUGUAGAUAAGAAAUAAGCCUUAGUUAUUCACCAUAGUCACACAAAGUUUGAUAUUUUAACACGUUUUGUCAUCAAGGUCCUCUGUAUGAAGAGCAUACAAUGUAGCUCUGUUCAUUGUUUCCAUUGUUUGACUUUCUUUUAUGUUCAUUAUCUCUAAGACUAGGGUUAAGAGGUUUGUGCAACUGAAGCUCUUUGUGAUUACAAGAAACUCUGAAUGGGUCGAAUGUAAAUACCUCCCAAAAAUUUCAGAGUUCAAUGAAGAAUAAAUAAUUGUUUUGGUGGCUA